AUGGCUGGGAAUCACACGCUCAAUUGCGGUACUGAGUGCCCAUUCACUGCCUCUGCUGUGGCUGGAGCGAACGAGUCUGUUGAGCGUCUCGGUUUCCAACUGCCGCCCGGAGGCCGAGCAAAGGCGAACACCCCGACCCUGAGGCGAAGCGCUCGGUGCCUGCUGUCUUCGAGCGAGCACAGGUGCGGUACCUGGUCCAGUCAGCUAGACGUCCAGAAAGUGAAGCGUUGCAAUACGAACCGUGUUCGACGACAGCGCUUCGCGGGUGUUCGAAUGGACCACCGGAAACCCACCAGUGGCCCUGUUGUUCUAGGCCUCGGUGCAACAGCGCUCGACUACCUUGCCACCGUUGAACGAUAUCCACAACCAGACGAGAAGAUACGAAGUCAAUCCUUGACAAUACAGGGUGGUGGCAACGUUGCGAAUACGCUCACGGCACUGGCACGCCUCGGUGUCGCGACCAGACUCGCAACGAAACUGGGUGACGAUGCGAUCGGGCGGGACAUACUCGCAGAGUUGCAGCACGAAGGCGUCGACACAAGCUUCGUCGCUAUAAAGACGAAUAUGAACUCGCCCAUAACCUACGUGAUCGUCGAUGCGUCCACACGAACACGAACCUGUAUCCACACACCGGCCGCGGAGGAGUUGCUCGCCUCGGAUGUCGUGAACCGCGACGCACUAUGGGAGCGUGUUGCACUGGUACACCUCGACUCACGUCAUACGAGCGCCGCACUGGCUCUGGCCAGAGAGGCGGUCCAACGCGGCAUCCCUGUUGUCUUGGAUAUCGAAAAGGAUCGCCCACAUGCGCUUGAUUUGGUUGCUCUGGCAGACUACAUCAUCACGAAUGCGACGUACCCGCUGCAUUUUAGUGCACAGCCGGGCAUGAGCGCGAAUCGCCUAACUGCACUGAGCGGCCUUGUCGCGAUCAUGGACUAUGGAAGGGCAGCGUUUGCAAUUAGCACCCAGGGUGCAGAGGGAUCGCUCAUGGUUCGUCGACGUCAUAAUGUCGAUGGUCUUUAUGCAUUGGGUCAUGAAACCGAGGAGCCGGCGCCAACUGGCCUUCCGAUACUGGUACAGAGCGAUACGUAUCCGCCGGCAACGGCAUGCGGCUCAUGCGAGCCCCAGUACGACGUGCUGCGCUGUCCAGCGUGGCCGCUCUCCAGACCAGUUGUAGACACGACAGGUGCAGGGGACGCGUAUAUCGCGGGUGUAAUCUACGCGCUAUUGCAUGGGUUAUCAGACGGGCAAGCGAUGGCGCUAGGUUCGUUUGUAGCUGCGGAGAAGCUUGCUGGACCAGGGGCCCGCUCGGCGCUACCCCGGCUGGAACAGGUGCCUCCAGCGUUGCGCGCGCGUGUUCAAGCGCCGUCGAACUGGAGGUCAGGCUGA